UUGUAAAGGACAGUCAUGCCCACUUGGGCUUGGCUGCUCCGCCGGGAGGCCGUCUUCGUGUGUGUGAGCUUGUUUAUGCUCUCUGUCUUGGCACUGCAUAAGUUCAGCGCAUUAGAUCUGGAGUUGUCCUGGUGGCGUAGUAUGUCGACGUCAGCCGUGUUGUCCUUGCAGCUGCCUACCUCCGUCCCUUGCGACGUUGAUUGGCUAGCGUUCCGUAUGCACUACCCGAAUCCCGAUCCCAACUACACGUGGAAUCAGAUGACUGGACUUCCUUCUGCAUGUUCGGCGGUGAUGCCUGCACACCAUGACGAGGAGGAUCGUGCGUCGGGUUCCCUUCUCUUCCUUGACAAAUUCUUCCGCAAAACGGCCCGGCAGUCGGCAGAAGGUCGCCAUACUGACAUGGAGAGUGGCGGUCGUGAUAGCAAACACGUGGAGAGCGGCUCCAGCCAGCUGCCUCAGCAGCAACAGCUGAAGCCCGGGAGAGAAUGGGAGCGGGAGGUAGCUCAGAAUGUGAUUUCCCCUCCCAUUGACAGUUUCUUGAUGACGAAGAAGUUUCUCUUGAAAGUGGCCGGGAAGGAGAACAUCAUCGUUCUCACCAUCGGGAACUCUGCUUGGAAGGAUUUCAUCUUCAAUUGGGUUAUCUCUGCGAACAGGGUGGGUAUGUAUAGCUACGUGGUCGUGGCGAUGGACGAGCCUCUGCUGAGGACACUUCAUGGACGAGGGAUCCCAGUUGCCACGUCGAGACUGGGGUUUGCCGGCCCCGAUGUGGCUGUAUGGGAGUCUCAACAAUUCAGGGACAUGCAGAAGAUCAAGCCAGCAUCAAUCAUCGACGUGUUGGAGGCUGGAUACGAUGUACUGGCGGCCGAUCCGGAUCAGGUAUGGUUCAGAAACCCCCUCCCAUACUUCCUCUCCCAUCCGGAGCCCGACAUUCUGUGCUCCACCGACUGCCCCAUUGCGUUGGGUGAUGACAGUUUCUUGGGCUCCGGCGGAGCACAGGAGGUAGGUAGGCUGGAUGCCGUUGAUCCUGGCCCUUGGCCGCCGUGCGAUGCGAAGUUAUACCACUUUAAUGUGGGUCUCAUGUUCGUUCGCCGACGGGACCCAUCACUCCAGUUGCUCCGUGAUUGGGCGUCCAGACUGUCUACAGGCGAUAAGCAACACUGGGAUCAGCAGGUGUUCAACGACAUGUUGAAAGUCACUCUCCCAUCUGCUACCUCGAAACUAGUUCUUCCUUCAGGCGUCUACUAUCGACUUUACGACGGCUUACUAUUGAUCGGUGCGCUGCCUCAAGGCCUCUUCGCUAACGGUUUAUCCUUCUUCUACAGCGGGCUGCCUGUCCCCUCGCCCAUUGCAGCUGCUGAUUCCAGCUUCGCAGAACUGGCUUCAGUUGGGAGAGCUCCUCCUCCUGCUCCUCCGCUUGCCCCUGGAGGACUAACCUCAGGGCUGGAACCAAGACCGAAUCCUGGAUUAACAUCCAGUCAGGAUUCUCUUACAGUCUCUGCAAAUGACGGAACGGCAGCUGAUGCAGCUGUUGGUCCCGACAACAACAAAGACGAGGCCGUUAGCCACCCUUUGCCCACGCCGUUUAUGAUCCAUACGAACUAUGAAGGAAGCGCACACAAUAAGCGGAUGCGGCUAAGGGACUGCGCUCUCUGGGACGUGGACCCUCCUUCCUAUCUGUUUCCAUUGGAGAAGGGUUUCUUGCGCUACGAACAGGUAAUUCCAGAACAAUUGCUGGAGGAAUCCGCCAGCGAUCCCGAGAAGAAUCUCAGCUUGCGCAAGCUGCAGCUGGGGUGGCUGCGGAACGCUCUCGCGAUCGCCUUCGUGCUGGACAGAAUCCUCAUCAUGCCAACUCUAUUCGGCGAUUGGCCGUGGUCUUGGAGGUUCAAGAACAUGGUGGGAAAAUUGGCGGGGGAUCGAGCUCGAAGCUGGACUGAUACCGUGCUAAAUUUGGAGGCAAUGGAGCAAAAUGGAGAUGAAGAGUUGAUUCGAGGGAGUGGUUUCUUGAGCAGUCGCUGGCUUGGCCGUGAUAUAUGGCGAUCUAGGCUGAACGUUGGGGUCCUGGAAGGAGAAGAAUUGGCAUCACUUUCUCUUCCUCUGACGCAUUCCACUCGCAGACUGGGACACAGGAGGAGAAGCCGAUAUAGAAGGAGAAGCUUGGGCAAUAGGUGGAGGCUUCGUUCCCUGAAGGAAGAGGUGGAGGGGGAGAAGGAAGGGAGGGUAAUUGAAGGUGAGGAGGUGGACAAUGAUCAUGAAGGGGAUGAUGAUUAUGUCAAUAGCACAACAAGAUCAAGGUUGUUCGAGGCAAAGCCGGAGGUCGCGGGGUCGAAUCUCUAUGGUGAGCAGUCUGAUUUCUUAAUGCACUGUGUCAAUGGAAGUCUCUUUGCGUCGGACGUUGUGAUGGAGCAGGCGACACGUAUAAAGAUUACACGCGGUAUGACGGACGUCGAUGUAGCAUCUUGUUUUCGACCAUUGGGUUAUGUGAAACUACUAGAGUUCUCGACCAUGGCUGAUAUGUUUGGAGGAUUCGUAUCUUUGGAGGAGAGGAAUAUUUUCGUCAGUAGAUGGGGAAGAUAUGCGCAGACAUUUCCAGAUGAUGAGGAAGGACUUUUCGGCUCGUUGGUUGGUUAGACAUGGGAAGAGGAUGGCUAGGGAAAACUGGGUGAGUUUGGAUAUGAUAAAGGGUUGAUUGGGAAGAUGACACGUGUACUAUGCCAUAUACCCGAUACUCCACUGUGUAUCAGAUUGCAAAUGCGUGAUAUGACAAGACGUUCCCAGACGAUGGGAUGGGAAAACUCGGCGAGUUUCGGUGUGAUAGGAGGUCGAUUAUGUCGAUGAUACCUGUUACUCUCGUGACACGCCACUUGUCGCACACUCAAAGCUCGUCACACACCCGAUGCCCGACUGUAUAUUAGGUCGCAGGAGAUGAAGGGCUUCCCGUGUAUCGAUGUGAUGGUUGAGUGAAUGCAUUGUUGAACGGGGUAUUAGGUCUUUCGGCGUUGACUGGGUUAGGACCGUAUUUCUGUUGACGACAAUUUAAGACGUGAUUAUCUGGGUCUUGGUGCGUGGUCGUCUUGAGUAUUCUUACUCAACGGAGGUGUCCCUCGACCCUCCAUCCGCUCGGUUCUUCCGACUUCCCGUGUAAACCGUGCACGGUGCACCGAGACGUCCCUAGACAAUG